AUGACACGACUCUCACAUCCCGAUCUUCAUCCUCUGCCGGAGAAUCCACGAACACAUCUCGAAGUUGAAAUUGAAGAUUCCUCAUGUACAGCAAUGAGCAAUUCCGAAACAACAAGUCAACAAUCAGUAUCACCAUCACCCGGUGGUGGUGGUGGUCGAAGUCGUCAUUCACAGCCAAAUCUCACAAGCUUCCUUGGUCCCUAUACCGAUAGUCGUCGUGCCGAUCGACGAUUUCGCAUGUCACAACCAACACUAUGUCCCAGCAGUUUUCCCCUAGCACUUGAUUGUGCAAUUGGAGCUCGUCAAUCGUUCUCCAGUUUACAAGAAGAAGAUCGUCUACUCACCGUCAAGGAACCAGAACGUGGAAAAUUAAUGAGUCCACGUUUAUCGCGUGUUUCACGUAGCAAUAUUCAAGGUGGCCGGCGAGAACGUCUCUCACAACCAACAUUAGUUACUGGCGAUUAUUAUCCCGUUAGUAUAUCACAACAAAGACUCUCUCAACCAACAUUGGGAAUUGCCGAUCGUGAUCUACAAUCAUUUUUACGUUCGCCAACGUUUGCCAAACAAAAAAGAUUCCCCGCCUUUACAGCCACAUCGCAAGGCACUCAUAUUUCAAAACGUGAACGUCUAUCGCAAUUGGAUUUUGGAUCUGUGGCUCGUUAUCGAGUACAAAAAGACUGGUCCAAUUAUUUGGUACAAUUUAAUCGCGAUCGUUUUUCAAUACCCGAAUUGGAAACACAAAAUGAUUUAGCAGCAAUGGCUGGUACGCCAAAGCAAAGAUUUAGUUUGGAUAGCCAAUUAAAUCCACAAACAGGAAGACGUAGAUCGUCACUAUUACCAAUUGCAAGUUCACCAGUUGAUAAUGUACAUCAAAAUAAAUUAUUUGGCACGGCACAAAAUUUAAAAGCCAAAAGUCCCACUGUUGAGGGACUUGAGAAUGUUUUAAAAAUUACAACAACACCCAUUUUACAUCCGUCCGAUCAAAAAAAUAUUGUACCAUAUCGUAAGCAUUCGGCAAAUUUACCCCUAUCAUCGCCGCCAAUGCUUAUUUUACCAAAACCACCGCCAAGAGAGAGGCUCUCAGUACCGGAAAUAAGAAGUGCAAGUCUACGUCGUCUUCUCGAUCCACCGAUAUUGAAACAAAGGCAUAGCAUCACUGCUUGUACCUUAAGGCAAAAUUCACUUUCACUUGCACUUGGUAAAGUGGCGGAUAAAAAUGCAAGAAUGUCAGUAAGUGAGGAAUAUACAAUUGAAUCAUCUGGCAAAAAGGAAAAUCGUGGAAGAAAACUUUUACUUGGCAGAAAGGAAAGUUCAGAAAAGAAAGACUAUUUUUUAAAACGUGAAAGUACAUUAAAAAAUGAAAAUACAGUUAAAGAAGAACCAGUUCAUAUACAACGUCAUUUUGCCUAUACUUAUGAAACAGAAACAAAAUUUGAAGGCGGACGUUCAACAACUGGAUUGGCUAAAGUCAAUAAAGUAACAAUACCAAAGAAAAAAUAUCUUGAAAGUAAUUUUGAUGAAAAUGAAAAAGUCAUAACAACAGUUAUUGAAACUGAAUGUCCAUUAAUUUUAUCGAGUCCAAAAUAUACAAAAAAAACUCAUGCCUAUGCAAGUGAACCACCAAAAUGGAUGAAAAAAUAUUUAAAUGGUGAUACAUCGCCAAAAAAUGGUAAAACAUCACCAAUAUUGGAUAUUAAAAAAAAUGAUGGAAUUCUAUUAAAAAAAACAUCAAUGAAAAAUACAAAUAAUUCAUCAUUGAGAAAUAAAAAAACAAAAACACCCUAUAUUAGAUUGGAGACUGCUGAUAAUUAUGAAAAUUCAUCAACAGUUUGUGAAAUUGUUUCAACAAAUUGGCCUGAGAAUAGUAGUGUUUUAAAAAAUAUUAAUAAUGAACGUCGUAGUGAUGGCGACACGGACACUGAUUCAGAGCCCUCAACUUCCAUUUGAAACUAUCAUUAUCAUCAUCGUCAUUGUAUUAAAAAAAUUGGAAUUUGGAUUUUGGUCAAUUUUUUGGGGCCUACAAAUAAAUAGGCAGACGCUAAUUUGGGAAAAAAAUAAAUAAAAUAAAUGUGUGGUAUAAAAACUGUAUUAUAUGUCAAAUAAGUAUAAAAGUCACUGUCUUUAAUAUCAUUGAAAAAAAAAAAAAAUGUUUUUGUCUAUCAGAAAUGAAAAAUAAAUUAAUGUUAGUUUUGUCAA